UUAGCAGCUGGUUGCCCGAGGCCCCAAGCCCUGGACCCGGAACCAAUCCCGGGAGAGCCGUGCGACCGCCGGCCUGGUGCUGACUGAAGCCAACAGACCGCGCCCCCGCCCAAAUAUGCUCUGCUUUCCCUCGUUCCGCUGACGGGUCGGUGGACUCUGACACGGGAUAUGACGGCAGGUGGAAGCCGGCCUUCUCCGUCUUCGCCUCUCUCGGUGCCCCCGGGCGGGGACCGCUUCCUCUUCUCCAGCCUCGCCCCCGCCGUUGCAACAUGGUCGCCGGGCUCGGCCUGGGGAUUUUGGCCAUCGCCUGGCUCGUCUUUGCCGCGAUGUUUCUGGCCUUUCUGAUUUUUCGCGAUAUAUGGUCGGGUUCGGGUAUCUGCUGCGUUUUAUUGAAGGACUUCGUGUGCUACGGUAAAACCAAACAGAAUUUCUUCCGGCGGCCUCGCUGGCUCCAGCGCCAAGACCUCCCGAAAAGAUGGUUUUCUCAUUUCUAUGUGGUUUCAGCGAUCUGGAAUAGUUUUCUACUUGUAAUUAUUUGCCGAAGUCUGUUUUUUGGUGAGCCUUUCCCAGUAUGGCUUCAAAGACUGCUUAGUUUUCUUUCUGGAAGUGUAUUACACUUAAAGCCUGGUGAUGAAUUGUCUGUCCUCCUGGUUCAAAUGAUGUUGUGUGUGCAAGGUGUUCGACGCCUCAUAGAGUGUAUCUUCAUCUCUGUGUUUUAAAAUGGCAGCAUUCAUCCAGUACAGUAUUGUUGGGGUCUGGUUUAUUAUGUGCUUGUGGGUUUAACGGUGCAUUGUGAAGGACUCCGUCUUGGAACAAAAGUAUACACUAUUCGUGACCUGAUUGCACAAGGACAGUGGUACCAUAUAGCUGGAAUAGUGCUGUUUUUGUGGGCAACAAUUCAUCACCACAGGAGUCAUAAGAUCCUAGCCAAUCUGAGGAAAAACAAAUCGGGCGAAGUGAUCAACCACAGGCAUAGCAUCCCAUAUGGUGACUGGUUUGAGGUAGUUUCUUGUCCACAUUAUUUGGCUGAACUGCUGAUCUACUUUGCUUUAAGCAUGACCUUUAAAGGACGACACCUUACAUGGUGGUUUGUUGUAUUGUAUGUAUUAUUCAGCCAUGCACUGAUGGCAGCUCUAUCCCAUGAAUUCUAUGUAAAAUUUUGACGAUUACCCCAAAAACGCAAAGCAUUCAUACCUUUUGUAUUUUAA